ACCCAUACGAACGACAUAUUGCGCACAAUGAACCAGCCCGGCGCCCAAAACAGACCUGGCAAUGCCGCCGGCGGCUCUGGCAUCGCUCAAGGCUGGCCUCUUCCUACUCGUGGCGCGCGCUCGCGAACUACUCGGCAAUUAAAUGCCCAGGCAGGUCCCUCAUCUCAGCUGCCGCAGCCUGCCGUGACUCACAACGAGUACCCGACGCCGCCGCCUACGUAUUCGUCUCCCGCGCCCGCGGCUGACCCAGCGCUGCCCGCCGCGCCUGCGACUCAGCAGUCUCCGGCUUCCAUCCUCGAGCGCAUCGGCCAGCAGCUCGCUGACAACCAUGACGAGAUGAUCGAACAUCUGGACGAAAACUUCGACCUCAUCAUCCAGCACCUUGAGGGCUUGAACGGGACCAUGAGGCAGAUACGCGACACGAACCUCAAUACGCUUUCGGAGUCGUUCCAUAGCGCGAACGCGGAGGUCUUUGCUUUGAAUGAUGCUGGAGCGCCGCCUGCACCGACCGCCGACCCGAACGUCCGUGCUGAGAACGCUGUAUCAAUGCAGCCGGAGCCGCUCGCAGACUCAGAGACGUAUAGCUCGAUGUACGCCUCCACCGAGACCGAGACACCUCGUGCCAGUGCACCGCUGGGGCGACCGUCCAUGAUCGCUGGCGCAGCCAGCAGCCUUCCUCCAGCAGCUGCAGGACAUGAUCGCCAGCCUCUUGGUUCUCAACCAUCCGGCGAGCUCGGCGGUGAGGGCAGUGCGCAUGGGGAACGAACGCUGCGACGACGCCAUGCUUUCCGAUCUCUGUCUCUUCCCGUAGACGAGGCGAGCAAUAUCGCGGCCGGUACGGGUGGGAAUGCGUCGACUUCUCUCGAUGCGAACCGAAUCUUCUCCCGACCAGCUUCGAUACUGAGCGCUGGCGUCGACCAAGAGACUGGCUGGCAGGGGCCACUAGGAAUGCCACAUCCAGCUCCAAAUGCCGCAACGACCGGGGACUACGAGCCGCAGGCCGUUGAUGCCCAGGCGGAGCUUGUAGAGGAUCCCGUCCUCACGCUCGUAGGCUGCCGCGCAACCAGCGAGCUUUGCCCUGGUACUCUACAGCUUGUUAUCGAUGUCGGCACCGACGGCGUUAUUGACAAAGGCGACAUGCUUCUCUUCUUUGGUGAUUUCGACAUGGCGAUCCAACGCCUUCCCGGUAUCUGCGCCGAACGCGCGGUUGAGUGGUCGCAACUCUUUCUGCGAAUCCGCAGGUCGAAUUUUAAGGGCCAGGAUGCGAUGCUCAAGGUCAUGCAGGGUUUGCGCUCAUACCUGCAUUGCUUUAUCGGUGUACAGCUCGUCAUGGAUGAACGGGCCGUCCCGUGCGACUUGCCGGAGCAGGCGGAUUUUGCCGAUGGCUUUGCUCGCCUUCUGUCCCUAUCUGUGGACGGAGGAGUGACAUUGGACCGACUCUUUCUCUUCCCCUUGUACAACCUUCGGCACUUGGUCAUCAGGUCGAUGAUGAAUACCGCCAACAUGUCGGCUAUCCUCUGCCGCGCAAAAAUGCUGGAUAUCCUUUGCCUCGACAAUCGAGGAGCCUUCGAUCGAAUUCGCGGUACUCGCCUUGCUGAGAUAUCACCUGAUGCCAGCAUUCCACCUGCGAUGUAUAUCGAGGCGGACAAUCCAACGGCACUCUUGCCCCUUUUUCGAGCCGCCGAUUCAGUAACGACGAACAUCCGUCUUAGGGUCCGCGGUGGCCGAGUGUCGUCUCAAGUACAGAAUUUGUUCGCUCACCACGCUAGCUGGACUCUAGCUACUCAGUAA